AGAAAUUGUCCGUUCUUGGUCGGCCUUCUUGAUCCAGGGGAAGCUACCUUUUGAAUGGCUGCCGGGUAGAUGAGGGGUCUCUGGUCAAAGAACUUGGAAACAAUCACUCCUCAAAAGAUCCUGAGCAAUGAUGUGGGAUGCCUGUGAGAACAGCCCAAAAGAGCAUCCCCCCAAUUUUAAAUGGGGGCAGAAGCCAUUGAGAGAUGACAAGAAAAUGCCCAUAAGUUGAGAAUGGAUAUAUCCAUUGCAUGUGGGGAAAGUGGCAAAGACCAAAAUGAAAUUGCAAUAAAAGAGAAGAAAGAGACGGAUGAGGGACAUACAAUUUUUGACGAGUGUGAGAAAGCUCCAUAUAUUAGGACAUACAUGGAAGAGAGACCAUACAAAUGUUCAGUCUGUGGGAAAUCCUUCAGUAUGAAUGCUCACCUUAUUAGCCACCACAGAACCCACACAGGAGAGAAGCCAUACUCAUGCCUAAUGUGUGGGAAAAGUUUCUCUCAGAAAGGACACCUUGCAGUUCACAAGAGAAUCCAUGCAGAGGAGAAACCCUAUAAAUGCUUGGACUGUGGGAAAUCCUUCUGUAAGAAUGCUGACCUUAUUAGGCAUCACCGCAACCAUACAGGAGAGAAACCAUAUAAAUGCUCUGAUUGUGGGAAAUCUUUUUGUAUGAACUCUGAUUUUAUCAGGCAUUACCGAACCCACACAGGAGAUAAAACGUACGAGUGCUCAAACUGUGGGAAGUGCUGCAGCACCAAAAGCCACUUAGUUGCUCAUCUGAGAAUGCACACAGGGGAGAAACCAUUCAAGUGUGGCAUUUGUAUGAAGAGCUUCUCCCAGAAAGGAAACCUUGUAAUUCAUGAAAGAAUCCAUGCAGAAGAAAAACCCUAUAAAUGCUCAGACUGUGGGAAAUCAUUUUGUAAGAACGCCGACCUUAUUAGACAUCAUCGCAACCAUACAGGGGAGAAACCGUAUAAAUGUUUGAUUUGUGAGAAAUCUUUUAGCAUGAAUUCAGACUUCAUUCGACAUUACAGAACCCAUUCAGGAGACACUCAGUAUAAAUGCUCAGAAUGUGGUAAAAACUUCAGCAAGAAAUGUAACUUGGUGACACAUGUCAGAAGUCACACAGGUGAGAAACCAUAUAAAUGUUCAAGCUGUGGCAAAAGCUUUUCCCUGAAAGGAAACCUGGUUGCACACGAGAAAACCCAUACAAAAGAGAAGCCAUGUAAAUGUUUGGACUGUGGGAGAUCCUUCAGUGUGAACUCUAAACUUAUAGAACAUCAACGACUUCACACAAGAGAGAAACCGUAUGAAUGCUCAGAUUGUGGAAAAAGCUUUCGUUGGAUAGGAAACUUCAUGUCUCAUGUACAGUUCCACUCAGGAGAGAAACCAUAUGAAUGCUCACUCUGUGGGAAAUCUUUUAUAAUUCAACAUGACCUCACUAGACAUCAGAGAACUCACACAGGAGAGAAGCCAUAUGGAUGCUCAGAUUGUGGGAAAAGCUUCACUCAGAAAGGAAGCCUUGUUAUACACAUGAGAACCCACACAGGAGAGAAACCAUACAAAUGCACAGAUUGUGGGAAAUGUUUUAGUCUGAGUUCUUGCCUUCUGAGACAUCAGCAAACCCAUACGAGAGAGAAACCCUAUAAAUGCUUGGACUGUGGGAAAAGUUUUGGUGUAAGUUCUCGUCUUGUACAGCAUCAGCAAAUCCACGCUGAAGAACGACCACAUAAAUGCUCAGAAUGUGGUCAGAGUUUCACUCACCAAAAAAACCUUGUCAAGCAUAUGCAAUCACACCCAGGGGAGAAGCCACACAAAUGCUCCGAAUGUAGGGUAUGCUUCAGUGAGAUUUCUGAUCUUAUCCAUCAUAAGAGAAUGCAUGCAGAGGACAACUUGUACAACUCUUGUUACAGUGAUCAAAGCUUCAUUCACUCAUCAACUUUUAUUGCACAUAGGAGAAGCCUUACAGGAGAAAACGCACUGAAACAAUCAGAAAAUACACACUUAACAGCACAGAGGUUCUGAUUGUGGAGAGGCUAUCAGUCAGAGGCCACUGUUUUUUGCUCACUUGAGAUCCCACAAAUGUUCAUAAAUUAUUACCUUUUCAGUGAUAGGUCACAUUUGUUUAGAUAUGUGACUCCCUUUCUUCACACGUGGAGAGAAACCAAACUUGGACUGUGAGAUUUUUCAGUAUCUUCUUUCUUAGAAACAUAACAGAAUAGAUUGUGUUCCUAACCUUGUCAAAAUGGUGGACACUUGGAAGUUUUGAGAAAGGGUAGUGGGUACCACCACGAAGUAUUUGUGUCUGAGGCAGGACUAAUAAUAAAAUGGCUGCCAUGGUGAGGCGCAAUCUUAGAAUAGUGGGCGGUUCCAAAUCAAGCAGCCUCCUACAAUGGAGACAACUGUGCCCAAAUAGGUGCUCCCUGUGGGCCCAAAGGUGAUGUUCGUUGGGAUCUUCUGAAGAACAUCCAGCUCUGGUGAGGUGGAGGGAAGCCGGGAUUGGCUCAUUGCUUUGGGGAAGAAGCAGAUGUGCUCCAGGAACACCAUGAUGCCCAUGUGGGUUGUAUUCUGUUUCCCUCUCUGCUGUUGUCAACUACCGCUUGUUUGAUGUUCUCUUGCAUUGUUUCUCUUACAUUUUAACUUUUUCACAGAUUUAUAUGUUCUGCCUUCUUCCCCUCUCUGAUACAAGGGUGGGGACAGAGGAAAGCAGUCUUCCUACACGUGAGCACAAACCCCACAAAGAUUACAGAUUAUUGAACUGCUUUCACAUACAGACUAUCCUGCUCCUUCCACAUAUUCCAUCCCAGAGAUGGUACCUUGAAGGAGAAGCAGCAAUCUGUGGAUAUUUAAACACAGUUUCAAAAAACUGCACAUGAGAAAUUAGUGACACAAAUAUUUAAAAAUGAGCAGUGUAGUAACGACACGAUACAAGAUCUGGAUGCAAAGUCUCUCCCUCCAAGAUGGAGGCGAGUGUUUUAUUAAGAAGAUGUCUAUAGCAACAAUUGUAGCAACAGUUACACAUUCCAAACCAGUUGCAGCCAACUACGCAAAUAUGCUGUGAUCAGGCUUUUGUCUUAUCUAUGGAGCAUAACAGAAAGGUACAUCAUGAGCUUCUGAGCGUAGGAGAAUAUUACUUAGAGUGUAUGGGAAUGUUGUUUGCUCUGAGAAGAAUGAGAGAUUUAUGGCUACACAUUUAAACUACUCCCUGAGUCUUCCCGUGUGGCAUGCCAACUGAUCAGGAGAUCAGGAAGGUAGAAAUGUAAAGAGCAAUUAAUGGAGGCUGUGUGGCAUGCCUACUCCGGCCUACAGAGCAGAGGCACAGGUUAUGUUCCAUGUGUGAAGUAAUUUAAAUAACACUGAACUCCGUGGGGAAUUACUUUUGAGUAAAUGUGGCUUGGAUUGGGCAGUCCUUGGUUGAAAUUGCCUUCACUUACCAACUUCUUAAACACACAUGAACUCUCUGUUGUUGCCUUUUUGACUUAGCAUUCUUUCUUCUGUUAUUCUAACUGGUCUUUUGGCAAACUUCUCAACUUCUCUUCUUAAUAAUAAUGAAAUGGUGUGAGGUAGAUUUUAAAAUUACUUUUAGAGCAUUACUCACCCCCUAUUAAAAAUAACUUUUCUAUAUUUUACUUAAAUUUGUGUUUUAUAGUGGAAGA